AUGGGUGACGCAGAGCUAGAAGAGGUAUUUGAAACCCCUGAUCUAUAUCUACCUUAUACUGAGAAUGAAGACAGAUCAGACGAGCUCGUCUCGCGCAACUGCAACAGCAACAGGGAGCACGCGGCCCAGGUCAGGAUGGUGCCGAUCAAGCGCAGCAAAGAAGCCGAGCAACGCGCCUCAAUCAUGACACAAAUCCUCGACCCCGCUGCUGCCGAUCGCCUGGGCCGUAUUCGCCUUGUUAAGGAAUCUCGCGCAAUCGAUAUCGAGAACCGGCUUCUCACUCUUGCCCAGUCAGGACAGCUACGACAAAAGGUGACGGAGGAGCAGCUCAAGGAACUUUUGGGAGCUAUUGCGGAGAACCAGCGCAAGGAGGAGGAGGAGCACAAGAUUGUCAUCUCUCGUCGCAAAGGCGGUUGGGAUGAUGAUGACGACCUGUUGGACCUAUAA